AAAUGACAAACUGGAGGGAGCAGAGCUGAAUGGUUAUAACAUGCUGAAAUAAUCAUCUGCACUGUAAAUCCAAAAUACUGACACCGGCAUUAACGCGUGCAGCUGUACAGUUGUGCUUAAACUAGCAACGAGAAGGGUUGCACGGUCCACAUCACAAGGACCUCAACAUUUCAAAUCGUAAAAAAAGGACGAAAAGGAUUGCAUCCGCCCGAUUGAUAGAGGAAUAAAAAUAAAUAGUAUUCAUGUUUUUAACGUCCUAAUUGCAAAGUCCACAUAGUGUGUUACGCAGCUAGAUCGGUGGACUUGGUACCGUAUCUGGCUUUUUGGAAGGGGUGCCUUUUUAGUGGUCGGAUCCCCUUGAAUAUAUUUUUCUUUAUUACAAAAAAACACCCUGCGUAUAUUUUCCUCAUGAAAAAUAAUCUUUGGAGCAGCUCCCGGGACAUGACCAUGAUGAUGCCGAGCAAAAGCGUGGAAUGGCUGCAGGAGGAACUGGAGUCCGGGGGGAGCUCGCUGCUCCUGCUGGAUUGCCGGAGCCACGAGUUUUUUGAGUCGUCUCAUAUAGAGACAGCCAUCAACCUGGCCAUCCCGGGACUCAUGCUCAGGAGGCUGAAGAAGGGGAACUUGCCUAUCCGGUCCAUCAUUCCCAACAACGAGGAUAAGGAGAAGUUUGUGAAACGGUGCAAGACUGAUACAGUGGUGCUGUAUGACGAGGCCACCUCUGACUGGCAGGAGAAUGGAGCGGCUAGCUCGGUGCUGGGGCUUCUCCUGCAGAAACUCCGCGAUGACGGGUGCGAGGCUUAUUACCUGGACGGUGGAUUCAAUAAGUUUCAGACAGAGUACUCUGAGCACUGUGAGACCAGUCUGGACACCUCUUGUCCCAGCAGCUCUCCCCCCAUGCCUGUGCUGGGUCUGGGAGGACUGCGGAUAAGUUCCGAUUGCUCCGAUGGGGAGUCAGAUCGGGAGCCCAGCAGUGCCACUGAGUCGGAGGGAAGCCCGUUGCCCAGCAACCAGCCGGCCUUCCCAGUCCAGAUCCUCCCGUACCUUUACCUGGGCUGUGCCAAAGACUCCACCAACCUUGACGUGCUGGGCAAGUACGACAUAAAGUACAUCCUGAAUGUGACGCCCAACCUGCCUAACGUGUUUGAACACGACGGUGAAUUCAAGUACAAACAGAUCCCCAUCUCUGAUCACUGGAGUCAAAACCUUUCUCAGUUCUUCCCAGAGGCCAUCUCUUUCAUUGAUGAGGCUCGUACACAGAAGUGUGGGAUCCUGGUACACUGCCUUGCAGGGAUCAGCCGCUCGGUGACUGUCACCGUGGCCUACUUGAUGCAGAAGCUCAACCUUUCCCUGAACGACGCCUACGACUUUGUGAAGCGGAAAAAGUCCAACAUCUCGCCCAACUUCAAUUUCAUGGGCCAACUCUUGGACUUUGAGCGGACUCUGGGGCUGAAUAGUCCCUGCGACAACCGGACGCCCAGUGACCAGCUGUACUUCACUACACCGACCAAUCACAACGUAUUCCAGCUGGACACUCUGGAGUCCACAUGAAGGUGGGGGGCUGGCUAGGUGCCUGAAGGUUUUUCUCGUCUCCUUAAGUAUUUCAAACCUCUUACCAGGUGAUCUUGGUAUAUACUACAGGUUGGAGCAGCUAGAUGCCUCUGCAUGCUGCUAGGAGGGCUUUACCUGCAUCUCUAGAUGCCCUGACCCUACUUGAGAUGAUUAAGAAAUGGCUUCUCUUGCCUUUUGACUGGGUUAUUGUUAAAAAAAAAUAUAUACAUAUAUUAAACUGAAGUAUGCUAUCCAAAGCUUCUUCAAAGACUGCUUACCUGAGAGCAGUGGACUGUUUCAAAGGGAGAGGUGGAGAGAGCCACAGCGCAAGUGAACUUAUUAGAGAGACUUAUGCACUUGACCUCACGAAAUGGAUGGUGCCAACGUAUUAGUGUCCGGUCGGAGCAUACUGCUUAUUGAGGUAAUCGCACUCUACUCAAUGUAGAGUCUGGACUUGAUCGAACACAAAUGUAGACUGUUUGUUUAAAAGAAAAACAAAAUCUUAGAUUGUAACUAAAGAAAAGAAAAAUAAAUAACUUUUUUUAUUUUCUAUGUUUGUAUUGACCUAAUGCAGUUUGCACAGUUAAGCUGGUACUCCACAAAGAUAAAGAGACACUCGCUUAUUCUCCUGCCUGCCAGUCCAAGGCUGCGAUCGCCCCUUGCAGCUAGUGUCCAAGGACAGGCUGGACUGGGAGAGGCGGAUGCACUUACUUCAAAGCUCAUUGUUCCUUCACUGCUUAGGAAAGAUGGACCGCUCCAAACCCCUGCUUCCUUAAAGAAAGCAUGGUUCUGGGUUGCCUCAUCAUGGACACAGAUGAUGGAGCUCUGAUUGGAUAUCAUUCAGUCGCCUGUGCUCGCGUCCAAAACUUGAGGUUGAGAGAAGGAUGAAGGGCAGGGUGUGGGUGAAUGAUGCAGCUUGCCACUGUUGCUGCCUGCUACUUCAAGACCCAGACUUUGCAGUGAGGAAGUGGAAGACCUUAAUCGAGCUGCCAACAGAAAGAAAGAGAGGGGAUUCUUCCAGGAACUGGGAGACACCAGGGCCUGUUCAAUCAAAGGGUUCUCUGCAAAGAAGGGACUGUUGCUUUAGGCUGGCCUUAUUAUUAUCUAUUUUAGAAUGUUCUUCUGCUGACUAUUCAACAUAAUAUUUGUAUUUCACUUAAAAAAAAAAUACUACUACUACUAAUAAUAAUAAUAAUAAUAAACAUUGUGCUUGAACGUUUUAUAACUAACGUCAACGGUGCCCACAAAUUUGUUUGUAAUGGGACUGAAACUGUUUUUCUUAAUCUCUGAAAAACACAUGUUUUGCUGAAUUUUAAUUAACAAGAGGCCUCUUUUUUUUUUUUUUCUUUUUUUCAAUUCAGCCACUUUUAUAGAAGAUUUUCAAGAAAUACAGCUUAAUGUCUUCAAAGCUGAGGUUGUUUUCAAGCCUGUGGUGACAAAUGCGGAUUUACAUCUUCCGAUCUUGAAGGCUGUAUUCAUAAACUUGCUGUAUUAUGUGUUAGCUUGCUAAGAAAGUUAUUAAAGUGGCCUGAAUUAAAAACAAAAAAAAAAAAAAGAAAUGUUGCAUAUUGCUAAACCAAUGUUAGUUUUUAUGAAUAUGGCUCUUUGACAGAAGAUUGAACUGACUAGCACACCUUUUCUCAUGUUGGACACAAGCCUGGUCCUGUCUCUCUAAGGUGGCUAAGAGUACAGUUGGCAAACCAUCCUGAAAAUGGUAGACCCCACAAUUGAAAUUUACUUUGAGGAGACCACUUUUUGUACAUUUUUUUUUUUCAGCCGCUUUUCUUGUGGAGGAAUGUUUGUGUCUUUGUAUUAAUGUUAAGAGAAACUUAAACAUGUUUCUCUGUUUAGUGCCAGCGCACAGGAACGCAAGUUUUUGUGGAAUUUAUUGUAGCUUGGAGAGCAAGAGUGAGUGAGACAGAAAAUAGUAUAGAGACAGAAAUGAGUGUAAAAAGUAUUUCUUACCUCACUCAGGACAUUUUCAGGGAUUUUUUGGAUCUGCAUCGUGUUACAGUGUAAAAUGUUAAAUAACUGUUUGUGCUGUACACGUUUUUUUAAGAUGCAGUCUACAUAUGUGUGUAAAUAUGGGCUUGGUAGUAGGGUAGUUCUACUUUCUGAUUUAAUGAAGGAUAUACAGAAUGACGCUAUAUAUUGUAUAGUAUACGGAACCCAACACAAGACUUGUUUAUACUGCAAAUAAAUAUUGAAUUAUUUUUUCUUUA